AUGGGGAAUAGUUGUCAGAACUUACCAAAUGAACGGCUUUUGUCACUGAGUGCUGAUGGUGAACUUGUUAAGACGUAUGAACUACUUUGGCAUUUAGCUGAAAUCGUCCUUCUACAAACCUUAGGUCCUGGUAAACUGGCAUCUGCACUAACUGAGUGGUAUUUCGUCCAAUCCCAAGACGCGGUUAACGUCGCACGGAGGUUGCUUGACACACUUAGUGCCCCUGGGAGUGCGUUAAAAUCGCAUGAUGAUUUUGAACAAGCUUUCUGGCCAACUGCAUUGGCACUCGUUACCCAAGCUAGACCAAUGGAGGUGUCCGCUCUGUUGGCGUCACACCCAAAAGCAAAUUCCAGCCUUUAUAAAGACGUGCGUCAGUUGCUGAUUGCUAUGCCUCUUCUUGAUUCAAAUGCAUCUACAGAAGCUCACUGGACAGAGAGCGGGUCUCCUUUUGAAAAGGCAUGGCAUUAUUGGCAGAGCAGCUGUGGUACUCGCCUUGCAGAGGAAACGCGGAAGCAAUCUUCGACGAGGAACUCCGAUGUCGAUUAUCUUGUUCUGAUCCUAUCGAUCUUGGCCGGUCGUCACGAUUGUUGGCAUGAUUCUCGGGUCGUAGCUGCCUGUGGUGACUGGUAUUUCCAGUUCGUCGGAUGGCUUUUCUAUACUCAUCAUUUCGUGGAAACGUCUUCCCUCAACACCGUUUUGGAGCAAUUUAGGCCCACCUUUAACAGAAAUUCACUUGAAAACGAAGACAUGUGCAUUAAACCUAUAGUCGACGAGGUGAUAAAACAUAUUCUUUCUGAAGACAUUCUCUCUGUGGUGUUCGCACUGAGUGAAAAAUUUAAUAAUUGGUGGAUGGUUGCUCAUUUCGCUAACCUCAUCAAGCAUCUACUUCCCGACUUUUUUUCUGGCAUUGACCCGACGCAGCCAUCUUCAUUCCGUCCGAUUUUAAAACUGGAAGACCCAAUGUCUGGUGUAACGCCGCCGAGGCCUGCACACCUGACUUCGACAAUGCCUGACUUCUUCCUCCUCAGUUAUGCCGCCAGCCUAGCCGCCGACCCAAGCCUUCUCGAUGUGGCACUUGGUUAUUUAGCUCAAUGCACUGCACUUCAGUCCUCCGCUCGAGCUGUUCAAGCUUCGAUUUUACAGCGAACAAAGCCUACCACUACACGUCUCACUCACAAUUUGAUUCGAUUGGCUAGGAAGCACCAACUUCAUGAGGUGGCCAAUGAGAUUGCUCGCUCUAAAUGUCGGGCAUCGCUAUCACUGUCAAGACACCCAAGUUGUUCCGCAUCUUCCAUGGAUGUUGCAAGUAUCUGUUCAUCUCUUGGUUGGGCUAUAGUCACCAGGGAUACUCAGUUAAUCUCUCGCAUCAUUACUUACACCCUCAUGACAAGCAUUUCGCGCGAGUCCUUCGAUAAUAAAUCUUGGAGAGCGAUAAAAGAGGUGGCCACGAUGGUAACAGGUCUGUUUGGGAGUGAUGAACAGAACUCUUCCAAUGUACAAAAUCACUCAUGGCUUACUCUGCUUGUCUCGUCCCCCGAACUCGCGUUUAUUUCUCGAUAUGCCGAACUACAGUGUCAACUUAAUGCUUCCAGUGAUACCGGGGAAAUUACACGCACGCUUCUCGAUUUACUUUCGACAAGUGACAACAACAGGGGCUUCCAUGUGCCACUUAGGCUGAAGAUUCACAUGCUUAGUCUAGUGAAACCGCACUUAGACGCAUCGACGAUGGGAAAACAUCAGGCUGAGGCUUUGGCUGCUGUCGUCACAGAGCUGAAGGCCACACUGCGGUUAGUUGGGAAAGGUUGCGAAAAAGAGGAUUCCCAUGCAUUGCUGAGGGGUCUAAAUGCACUCCUAGUUCAGGCAAGAGCUGCAGCUAUUUUAAGACGAGAUGAAGGCUCUGUUUGCGGACGAUAUUCCCCGUCGCACACGCCCAGUGAGUAUGAGACUUCAGAAUUUGGAGGAUCCAUGAACUGA